CUUGUUUUCCGUCUUGUUCUAAGCCACUCGUUUGCCAAAUUGCUUCAAAAUGCAUGCAAGCAUUCUUCUGGUCUUUGGCCUUUUCGCCAACUCUGCGCUUUCAAGCCCUUGCAAGCCCAAAUCGUCAGAUGGAUUAUUGACAACUACUGCGCCUACAGUAGAGUCCACUUCGGCGAUUCUCGGCACCUCGACUGAAUAUUUAUCCCAAACAACUUUAGAGACAGGCAUGACUACAACUGAUGCCGAAACCACGACCGCGACAUCAGAUUCGUCUAAGACAACCACUAUUGAAGACAUUACUGCAACAACAUCGACAGCCGAAAGCACCGCCAAGGUCGACAGCACUACCCUCUCUGAAACCAUCACUACUACUGCCGAAAGCACCACUACAGCGGCUGCCGCAAGCCCGACCUUUUCCCUCGUCGCUGAUGGUGGCCUUGUAGAUGGCGCGAGCGUCCAAGGCGUAGGUGCAACCUCUCUUGUACUCAAUCCCUCUACGGACAUCUUCGGGAAUACACCAUACACAGUCCGAGCCUGGACCCUCGAGCCCAGCACUGGCCGACUCAUGGAUACUCAACUUGGUAUGUAUGCAUGCGCAUUUUACCCGUUUUUCCAGUCGGAUCAUGCGGCCGCCCUUGCAAACUGCAGGGAGAACGACGGCUAUGGAGUCGGCAUUAACAAGGAGUAUGCUUUUUUGACCUGCCAAAUUGUGAACGGUCAGUUCUCGUGCACGGCUCCUGCAACUCUGUGCGCCACCGUUGCUGGUUCCUAUAAUUGCGUUACGUCGUCGGAAACCGGGCUUGACCUGUUUUACGUGCCGGAUGAGGCGACUGAGGAUGCUUCUCUCUUUAUUUCCACUGGUAGCCCUUCUGGAUAUACAUCGAUUAGACUUACUAUUCAUGAUAUCUAAGCCAGCAUAGAGAGAUAGUGAGCUAGAUGUGUUAUUUGUAAUUAAGAGCUAUGGCUAAAAGUAUAUAUAUACCUAUAUACACUUACAGAG